CAACGUGAAAUAUCGCGCGCAAACCGCCCACUGCUGACUCCGCCUACCCGGAAGUAUAUGAAUAUCUACUCCACAGACACUAUUAGGUGGUUGGUUAUUUCGAGAGGAGGAGCGUCUGUAGGCUGGCUAUCCAAUAAGAAGCGGCGAAAGUCGAGAAGGGGGCGGGUUUUGGUCGAUUUACGAAUCAGCGCUUGGCUGGCGGCUUUGGUUAGUAGGAGCCAUAUGACAUUCAGAGAUGAAUUUUAAAGAUCAGUAAUGGAGUGAGGAGUGGACGCAGUACCUUACUUAGACAUGUGGUCCUUCAGAAGGUGCUUGAAUACAUUAUCUGGAUAUCCUGUAAAGAAUUGGAUAUGCCAUCAUGUUAGAGAUACCAUAUUUGCCCUCUCAUCUGGCCAUGGGAAAUGUGGAGUGGCAGUUAUCAGGACAAGUGGCCCUGCUAGUCAGAAGACUCUGCACCUCCUAACAAAGUGGCAGACAUUGCCUCCUCCACGGCAAGUAAAACUUGCUUCAAUUUUGUGUCCGAAAUCUGGGGAGCUGUUGGACAGAGGACUGGUGGUAUGGUUUUCAGGUCCUCAUAGCUUCACAGGAGAAGACUGCUGUGAAUACCAUGUGCAUGGGGGUCUUGCAGUGGUCCGCGGUGUCCUCCAGGCUUUAGGAUCUCUGCAAAUGCUCCGUCCAGCAGAACCAGGUGAAUUCACCAAAAGAGCUUUUCAAAAUGGAAAACUUGAUUUGACUGAGGUGGAGGGUCUUGGAGAUCUAAUUCACGCAGAAACUGAGGUCCAGAGAAGGCAGGCCUUGCGUCAGAUGUCCGGUGAGCUUGGACAGCUAUACCACAGGUGGAGCCAGCAACUAAUCAGGGGUCUUGCUCACAUUGAGGCCUUCAUAGAUUUUAGUGAGGAUGAUAAUGUAGAGGAAGAUGUUCUUCUAGCGGUUGAUGAAGUGGUUGAUAAGCUUCAGAAAGAACUGGAGGAACAUCUUAAGGACAACCGACGAGGAGAGAGGCUGAGAGAUGGGGUACAAGUUGUCCUCACAGGAGCUACUAAUGCAGGAAAAAGCAGCCUACUAAAUGUAAUAAGCCAGAAACCAACUGCCAUAGUUUCCUCCAUCCCCGGCACCACUCGAGAUGUGGUUGAAACAACCUUAAACAUUGGGGGGUAUCCAAUUAUCCUGAGUGACACUGCAGGCCUGCGGGAUUCUGAGGAUCCUAUAGAGAAGGAAGGUGUAAGAAGGGCCAAGGCAAGGGUGAGAGAAGCAGACAUUCUUGUAGCAGUGAUAGAUGUCUGUAAUGGUUUACUAUCUCGGGAAACACUGCUUGCCCAACUGCAAAACAUCUACUCCAGCUUCCAAGGAGAUGGACCCAGGAAUGUUAUUUUGGCACUGAACAAAGUAGACCUGCUGAGCCAAGAGAGUAUUGUUUACCUAGAGAAGUUAUGCCAGGAAUCUGGACUACUGCCAGUAUGUCUUCUGUCUUGCCACACAGGAGAAGGAAUCAGCAAGUUCUUGGGAAUCCUGAGAGACCACUUGGAAGCAAUUUGUGGUGAUCCUCUUCAGGGAAUGCCUACCAUUACUCAGACUCGCCACAGACAUCAUCUUAUGGCAUGCCUUGGUGCCCUAGGGCGCUACAGUGUGCACAGACAGCAGGACUUGGUUCUCUCAGCAGAAGAGCUGCGUAUUGCACACAGACAACUUGGUGCUAUUACAGGUAGAGUGAGCGCUGAGGAGAUUCUGGAUAUUAUAUUCAGUGAUUUCUGCAUUGGAAAGUGACUGACUAUUUUACUCUUUUAAAAUACUGUGCUGUUUUAGGCACCCAGCAUAUUAACUCCUAAAACGAUGAGUACGAAUAAACCUAAGACCAGUUGUCUUGUCUUUGACUUUCAUUUUUUUGUUGGAUAUGCUCUAAAUGUGUAAGGGGGAAUGUAGCUAAAAGCAAAACAGAUUUGCAACAAUAACAUAAAUAAAUCUAUAAGAAUGAACUCUAUGUUCAGUAUUCAUGUGUUAUAAACAUAAAACUGUGGAACAUUUUAUAUUCAUAUUACUUUCUUUAUAAAGGUAU